CACGCAUAGUCAAAUAGUAAUGCUCUUCCCCUCCCACAACACAGCAAGACAUUAGCAUGCUUUCACAUCCAUUUGUUCGUCAGGUGGAGGGGCACUUUCUAGUCAUUUAGCAGGGCUGUCAGCGAUUCAGCCAGCCCAACUCUCAUGAAAGUGCCUGCCUUUAUUCUGCACACAAAGGGAAGAAUGUACGCCAACCUCUCUCGCUUUCUACACGCUUCCUGAAGCGAGCUCUGCACAUUCCAGCUGCAUCGCCGGUACCUUCAGUGCAGCAGAGUCUUAGAUUCUCCUUCCACCAGGCUUUCGAGCCUUCAGGGGGAAAGCGAGGGGCAUCCCGAUGAGGCGUAGUGCUGUGCCAGAGCUGACAAAGGGCUAGAUGGAUAUACUUGGUCUUCUGAGACUUGCCUGUGAUUAGAUGUUCCUUGGGCUCCCAAGCUUUGCACCAUCAGCAUUUCAUGGUCCAGAGGGUGCUCCAGAUUCAUCUUGCAGUAUGCCUGCAUUGAUUUAAAUCCAGCAACGAGAAGCAAGCCAGCAUUGAGACGGAGUGGAUACUGCUGCUUUGUGUUAAUCAUGAAGAUGCAAGCUCAAUAUUUUUGAAAGCAAUUGAACCCAUGGAGGGUUCUUUGUAAUCGCUGGGGAAAUUCUUUGCAGAGGAAACAAAAAAAUUGUUAAGCAGGUUUCCAUUCUUUUCAUUAAUGAUUUGGCAACUUUGGAGAUUUGUUUGACUCCUGGCAUAUCAGAGGCAGCUUUGCUCACUUAACGACUGGCUUCACAAUCCAGGUACUUGAGUUUGGAGCAUACCAUUGAAGAUUCUUGGACUAGGGAUUGAUACCUUCAGCUCCCGGUGGUCCUUUUUCUUCAUUCAAAAGAAGUUCUCUGUUCUGUAAAGGAAAGCUUAGUGAGGGGAAAAUGCAGGUCUCCAUAGCAUGCACAGAGCAUAACCUCAAGAACCGGAAUGGGGAAGACAGACUCAUCAGCAAACAGAACACCAGUAACCCUAAUGCUGUCAAUGCCGCCCGGGCGAAAUUCCGGACAGUGGCAAUAAUUGCCCGCAGUUUGGGAACCUUUACCCCUCAGCACCAUAUUUCUUUAAAAGAGUCCACUGCUAAGCAGACUGGCAUGAAAUAUAGAAACCUUGGGAAAUCUGGAUUAAGAGUUUCGUGUUUGGGACUAGGGACAUGGGUCACCUUUGGAGGUCAGAUCUCUGAUGAGAUUGCUGAACGGCUCAUGACGAUUGCCUACGAGAGUGGGGUAAAUCUGUUUGACACAGCAGAGGUAUAUGCAGCUGGAAAAGCGGAGGUGAUUUUGGGAAACAUAAUAAAAAAGAAAGGUUGGAGGAGGUCAAGUCUAGUCAUUACGACAAAACUCUACUGGGGAGGAAAAGCUGAAACAGAAAGAGGACUCUCAAGAAAACAUAUUAUUGAAGGAUUAAAAGCCUCUCUCCAGAGGCUGCAGCUUGAGUACGUGGAUGUCGUUUUUGCAAAUCGACCUGACAAUAAUACUCCAAUGGAAGAAAUUGUCAGGGCGAUGACACAUGUGAUAAAUCAGGGAAUGGCUAUGUACUGGGGAACCUCUCGUUGGAGUGCCAUGGAGAUCAUGGAAGCCUAUUCUGUGGCAAGGCAGUUUAAUAUGAUCCCCCCUGUGUGUGAACAAGCAGAAUACCACCUUUUUCAAAGAGAAAAAGUUGAAGUUCAGUUGCCGGAAUUAUACCACAAGAUAGGUGUUGGAGCAAUGACAUGGUCUCCGCUGGCCUGUGGGAUUAUCUCAGGGAAAUACGCCAAUGGAAUUCCUGAAAGUUCAAGGGCAUCUCUAAAGUGCUACCAGUGGUUGAAGGAGAAGAUUGUGAGUGAGGAUGGGAGAAAGCAGCAAUCAAAGCUGAAAGAUCUCUUUCCAAUUGCUGAACGCCUUGGAUGCACACUACCUCAGCUAGCCGUUGCAUGGUGUCUACGUAACGAAGGUGUAAGUUCCGUUCUCCUUGGCUCUUCCAACCCCGAUCAACUAAUAGAGAAUCUUGGUGCCAUACAGGUUCUUCCGAAGAUGACAUCCCACAUUGUGAAUGAGAUUGAUAAUAUUUUGGGUAACAAACCUUUGAGCAAGAAGGACUACAGAUCCUAAAGCAUUGCAUGAUUAAACUGGACUGCAUGGCUAAAAUAGCACUCUGUACCUUGUACAGUACUGAGUCAAUACUAUCAAGUUACAGUUAGAAUUAUUCAGCAGUCUCUAUGAUUUACUAGAUUCUUCAAGGUGGUAAGCUCCACCAAAAUUCAAAAUCACAGCUGAUCUCCCUAAACAACUGAGAUCCUAUUUACUUUUUCCUCCUUGAAACUCAAGAAUCUGGAUUCAGCUCUGACUCCAUUCAAUGAGCAGAACUGAGUGGGACCUUCUCAGGUUCAGAUGUCAUUGAGAUGGGUUAAGCGAUGUAGAGCAGACAGUAGCAAUGGCCUUGAUCCAGCUGUGUGCCAAUCACAAGACUUUUUCUCCUCCUCUUUGCACCCCCCCCCCCCCCCCACAACCCCUUCCUUGUAACACUCAGGAGCAUCAGAAUCUCGCUUGAGGGGUUGCCUGCUUUCUAAAGCAGGUUUUAGUGAGGAAGGAGUGCGAUUACCUUCCUUCCUUUCCCCAAUUCCGCUGGCGGAAGCAGCUCUUUAUUUAUUUGUUUGUUUAUUUAUUUAUUUAUUUACAGCUUUUAUAUUCCGCCCUUCUCACCCCGCAGGGGGCUCAGGGCGGAUUACAGUGUACACAUAUAUGGCAAACAUUCAAUGCCAAUUUUUGACAUACAAACAUAUACAGACAUAGACAGAGGCUAUUUAACGUUUUCUGGCUGCCAGGGGAGCUGUCGCUUUCAUCGUCCAUCUGCGACGCUGAUGAAGCACUUCCGCAUUCCCACAUGCUUCCCCGCUGGAAUGCUUUUGCUGGAGUCUUCUUUAUGGCCUCAUAAAUCAGUUAAUUUAGCCUCCCCACACUUUAAGGUGGUACCUUUGCUUUUGGCCUUCAAAGUCCUCUGGCUUAUGUAAGAGAACUUCCCAGUAGAUUGCACACCCAUCCAUGGCUCCUUUUUUCUCUUGAUACUUCUCAUUUAUGCAGUGAAAAUAUACAUGUAGAGAAACAAUACAAGAUUUCUAAGCUUUAGGUACUUGGAAAUUAAAAGAGGGAUGUACAGAUAUAUUUUUUCAGUGAACAAAAAGCCAGAAACUGUUUAAAAGGCUUAGGGUAAAAUAAAAUUGCAAUUUCUAGUGUAAAGAAUCUUCAAGCUUUAUCUCAAGGAUGUGCAAGUUCUGAUUUUUGUUGGUUUCCCAUUUGUAUUUUUAUGCUGAAUUGAGUUCUAAAUAACUAGUCUUGUUUGCACUCCAGCUGAAAAAGGGCUUUCCAUUUAGAAGCAAGGUUUGGGUCUCUGUCCAUAGGUUAGUUCAGGAUUUAGUACUCAAGUAGUAGUUGAAGAUGGAGGUUGUAUGGCCUAGCCAGAGCUACAUCUAUUGACUGGCAUCCUAUACACACAGAUCUGGAUGCAAGUCUUAUUGGGUACAGAAUGUGUUUCUAAUGCAGUGGUUCCCAACCUGUGGUCCGUGGACCACCAGUGCUUGGUCCGCAAGAACUAAAAUAUGGUCCACGGCCUCACCGUUAUUACAUCGUUGCAACGAGAGCGACUGGUCUCGCAAAACCCUUUUAUAGUGCCGAGGGUUAUUAAAUAUGGUUUUCUGUGGGCAAGCAGAUGGCAACUACUGGAUGGCUUAUGUUCUGUAUCAGAAACUAGAGCUGAUGUGAUCUAUCAAAUGCAAUUUUCUGAAUCGGCACCCCAAAUAACCAAACCAAAUCUAAAGUUGACCAAAAACUGAUUCAUAAACCUUUUGAUACUAAUGUUGGAAAGUGGUUCCUGGUCAAAGUGGUUCCUGUUCAAGUGGUCACUAGUCAAAAAAAAAGGUUGGGAACCA